CGAGACGAUUCUAUGAAAAUACUGGCAGCGAAUCAGCUGCAGGUCCAUGUAUUGAAUGCCCUUUCAGCUUCACAUUGCUGGAUUUAAGCGUGGGAACGUAAACGAUGCCGCCAGUGGAGGUAGGAAUUUUUCUGGUACCUUUUGUCGAUGAACCAAACGAUGGGUUCAAAGUCUCCGCUUCAAGAUUUUGUAAACAAGUACUGGUGGAUCAAACCCGAAUGCGCGUGGGAACAGAACCAAGCUUAACUCGAACCUGCCUCAUGCUGACUACCAGCAACAGUAACGCUCGCUGCUUCUGCCUCUGCUAUAAGGACGACGCAGCGACAUGAUCCCAUUUCUGUGGCUCUCCCAGCUCUUCCAUUCCCUUCUGCGCUUCGUUAUGCCACCCCAGCACAGCGACGAGAUGCGUGUCUUUUCACGGACCAAGGACGUAACCAAUGCGUCGUCUCUUCUCAGCUCUCUCAAAGAGAAUUACCAUUUCCUCGACCACGGCCUCAGAAACAUAGUUCUCACCCAAGUUGAGUACUGUAAAUGUCGCUUCAGCCAGGACAGUCCCGGGGAGCACGAGUUCCUGCUCGUGACGUUGAAGGAAUUGGUGGGAGCUCGACGGCCGGCGUAUCUGAUGGUGGACCGGUUGAAUGACGAUACAAAGAAGUACAGAAAGGAUGAACUCCUGGCUGAUUUGGUUAGGCACCAGGACCAGGAAAUGGCCGGCAUGGAAGAGACCGACUCUUCCGAUUCAUCCACAUCAUCUUCCGCCGCGUCCUUAACGUUGUCAACGACGGCCUCGAUGCCUAGAGUCUUACCCGCUGCUCCAACAUGGGAUACUCCGAGUCGUGCUCAUCGCUCUAUCGCCAAAGUCAAGAUAACCACCAAGGGCGAUCCUCCCGACGCUCUCGACAGGCUCAUCAUCUUACCCAGGAGGGGCGACGUUGUAUCCUGUGCAGGAGAGUUUGACGUUCUCAUGACGAUGGACCUCUCACGCUCAGAGAAUGUCACUCUCGAACGUUUCGCGCACCUUCUUCGAACUACUUCGAGUAACACACCACAAUACCACUUGAUUUUCGCUCAGUGUUAUUGGUACGCCUACACCAUUUGGAGGGUCCUUGAGAUGGCGGUACAGCCGCGGGUGUACAUGUACGACUCGGAACUGGCUAAACGCCAAUGCUCACAUCGGUUAACAGGGUAUGGGAACAGGCUGGUUUUAGGGAGGGGCAAGUCGGUGAAUGCGGUAAGGUCCCCAGAGACGAUCAAGGCCCAGUGGGAGAUGGAGAAGUUUACGGAGGACCAGGAGUGGGCUGAAUUGAAACAGGCACUUCAUGCUCCAGAAGAAGCUCGUCGUGAGGCUGAAGCCGCUUUACGGCAGGCAGAAGCUCGCGUGCGUGAGCUUGAGAGGAGGCUAGAAAGUUGUCAGCGUCCUACAGCUGCCGCUAACGCAGUCUAAGUCAUCUUUUUUUCAUCUUUUCUCUCAUGUUCGUUGCUGUCAUUUGCUUUCGUGUUAUCCAUCGCUAUCGGUCUUUGCUAUCAUGUUCAAUUGCUUUCUUGUAUAUUCAGUACUGUGCAUGUAUCCAUGUUCUAUUAAUUACGGCUCUAUCGCAACUAUACAUAAUUCCUUAUUAAAUAUUAACCAACACUCUUACUUCGAGAGCUGACAUAUCUACAGAAUUUAGAAAUCAUGACGAGUUCUCUACGACGUCAAAUACUGUUCAAGUCAAAAGGUUUUACUCACGAACGAUGAUAUUACU